AGAAUCACUGGCACCUGGCAGAGAGGAGGCCUGGAGAAGGAGGUAGAGGGGAUCUACCAUACGGGGUGUGGUAGCCCACGUGUGAAGAUCCUGCCCCCUCCACAACCCCGGCUCUGAGGAUGGUUGCUGGGAGCAGGUUGUGAUUCGGGACAGCUAAGUGACAGAGACGUGCAAAGCCACCCUGUCCUGGAGCUGGCCUCUGGAAUACCAGGACAUCAGAGAUGCAUCAAGCAGCCAGGGGGCACAGUCAGACAGCAGGGACCACAGAGGCUAUGGGGGCUGAGAUCAAAGCUGUCAUCGUGGGGGACGGUGGCUGUGGAAAGACCUCCCUGCUCAUGGUCUUCGCCAAGGGGGAUUUCCCCAAGGCCUAUGUGCCCACAGUGUUUGAGAAGUAUACUGCUUCCUUCCAGAUUGGCAGCAAGACAGUACAAAUCCACCUUUGGGACACAGCAGGACAGGAAGAUUACGACCGGCUGCGCCCACUCUCCUACACAGAAGCCAACAUUGUUCUCAUGUGCUAUGAUGUCACCAGUCCCAGCAGCUAUGACAAUAUUCUCACAAAGUGGUACCCAGAAGUGAAUCACUUCUGCAAGGGAGUCCCCAUUGUGCUGGUGGGCUGCAAAACCGACCUGAGGAAGGACAAGGCUGUGCUGAGGAAACUACAUGAGGACCAGUUGGCACCCAUCACCUACCAAAAGGGAGAGUCCAUGGCCAAAACAGUUCGUGCCAUCGCCUACUUCGAGUGCUCGGCCAAGUUCCAGGAGAACAUCACCAACAUCUUCGUAGAGGCCUCCAGUGCUGCCCUGAGUGCCAUGAGGAAGAGUCAGCGGAAGCGGAGACCCAAGAGGGGCUGCCUAAUCUCCUAGCCAUCCAUGUGAACCUCAUAGGACUUCCCCAUGUGCUGGCCACCCACCACAGGGACUGUACCGUGCCCUGCAGACUGCACCCAUCCCAGAUCUGCCCUGCCUGUGAGCAUCUCUGUGGGCUUCAGUUCCCACAGGACAGGGCACAAGGUGGCAGAUCAUCUGCUCCCCUGGUGUCUCAGGGGGCACAUAAUGCCACGGGGCAGGGCAGUCACCCUCCCUACCAUCUGACACAGGAAGGAACUCUUCUGCCCCAGGGUUUUGCUGCCUCAGCUUGGAAGAACCAUUCAGCAACUGUCUGGCAACAAAAAGACCUACGAAACCCUUAGCACAGUGGCUGGUCCCACCACUGACCCCAUUAUCUCAGAGCUUCUUCCACCAAAACAGCAGGGCUCUGUGCCCACUGACAAGACACAGCUCAGCUCAGCUUGGCUCUGCUCCUACCCAUUUUGGCCCAGCUCAGUGUGGCUUCAAAAACUCUCCUUUUCUAGCCCCACUUCUGCCCACUUGACCUGAUUCAGUACAGCUCCAAUCACUGUGGCCUCCCAGAGCGUUCUUCAGCUCUGAUCACCCGUCUUGUGUCAUCCCAUGAUUGUCUGUCACACUCUGGCCUCCGGAGUUUCACCUCCCAAAGACCUGUAGCUGGUUAUGGUAUCCCUUUUCCAUCACUACUUGCCCCAUUGCUACUUAGUUACAUGGGGGUACAGCUUCACUGCAGAAAAAAAGAGGGUGGUCAUAAUUUGAGUUAAAAUAGCAGUGCAGACAGGGUAUCCUGGGUUAACCUGAGUUAAAAUCUAAAUCACUUUAUCUGCACUGCUGUCUUAACCUGGGUUAGCCAACCUGAGUGAAGCACACUGCUUUUUUCUCAGUGCAAAUGUACCCUUCAGUCAAGUAAUUCUACCCCUUCCUCCUGAAUCAGGGGGCUGCACAGUCCUAGGACCCUUCUCUGAGCCAUUCCAGGUCUGCUGAGCUCUCACCAGAGACAGUGCCCAGAACUCAGAAUAUUGAACAAGAUCUCCUAAAUAGUGUAAACCAGCACAGGUCCACCAGCAGGUUGACACCAGCUUGGGAUCUGGCCCCAUUCACUCUAAUGAAGGCAUGCCUAGUUUGCAUCAGACAAGGUCUGUCCCAUUGACUCAGGUGGAGAGAAGCUAUAUACGUAGGCCAGGGGCUUGGCCCAGUGAUUCCAAUGAAGCAAUGCUCAUAUAGCCCAGCUAGGCAUCUGGCCUCAUGUGCUAAUGUGGUGAAUCCAAAGAAGUGGGGGAGUGGCCUAUCACCAACCUGUUCUGCUGUGCCUAUGGGAUCCAAGCAUUCUCAGCCAUUCCAUGCUGCGAAUUAUGUCUACCUUCUCCCUGCCUCAUCCCUAUCUGCCAGACAUGAGGGGUAUACCUCAUGUCCCUUUUGACCUAAGCACACCUGACCUGGGGCUUAGUUUUUCUAUUUUCCCAGCGUCCUCCAGGCACUGGUGUUUUAUCAAUAUCCUAGAGCAUCUUCCUUGAACCAUCGCUAGCAAGACAGCACACAGGAUGGCUCCUGGGUGAGGCUGGACUAUGUGGGACCUCCCUGGGCUUUGCCAACUUGCUGGGCUGGGAUCAGAUGAGCUCUGGACAUGACUUGGCUACUGCCAGCAGAGAGGAUGUCACAUGCCCAGACAUGUCCAUCCAUUCACUACAGCUCUAGCCACCAAGGGAGCAACCCUGACCUGCAAGACUGCAACAAGAAGUACAUCUAGCCUUGAAUAAGCCAGUGCCCUAUGCUGUAGGACAUGCAGAUGUGGGUAAUUUCACCCACCAGAGAUGCACUGCCAGAGAACCCUCAGAGUCCAAGUUGUGCCAGUUUACCUGUGGGUUUGUGUCUACAUGGUUUCAGGCAGAAGACAGGGUAGAUUUGCACUUUAUAGACUAACUAAAUUAGAGAUGCAUAACACAAGCUUUCAUAAGCAUCAGGCUUACUUCAUGGGAUGCUAUGAAGGGACUGCAGGAAGCAGAGCUCUGAAACAGAAAGCAGUGAUUGCAGUACAUACAAUAGGAAAGGUGGGAGGAGAAAGGAGGAGACACUGCUGAGAAAGUCAUGAUGAGAGAAUCAUUCAUGGGUACAUCAUGGGGACCUAAAGAUAUGGCAGGCCCCAUCUCUCAGGUCUACCAGUAUUAUACUUGCUUUUGUGCCCACAACCCAGGAAAAAUCCAUCAUGAAGUUGGGCCCUGCAAGCCACUACAACAACAGAAAAAUAAAUAUUGGUUCUAUAUAACUCC